AUGCGUAUCGCCGGCAGCAUCGCCAUCGCUCUGGGCUUCGCAGGUGCUGCUUCCGCAAGCCUUCAUCCUCGCUCCCAAGAAUCCCGCGACUUCUUCGCCCUACACCUCGAUGCUGAUACUUCCCCCGACCGGGUGGCCCAGGUCCUCGGUGCCCGCCACGAGGGCAAGAUCGGAGAGCUUGCGGGCCACCAUACAUUUUCGCUGCCGCGCGAGAAGAGCUCCGAUUUCAACGCUUUGCUAAAGGAACUCCAGUCUACCCGGAAACUACGCCGGCGAUCCGGCCUCACAGCUCCACGAAAUGCAGACCCCCUCGAGGGGAUUCUGUGGUCACAUAAGAUCGCGCCUCCAAGGCAGCGGCUGGAAAAGCGGGCUCCUCCUUCCUCCUCAUACAUCGCCUCUCGAUCGAAUCCGUCUUUGUCAAGUAGAGUUGACCUGACGGCACAGAAUGAGAUCGCCACUGAGCUAGGCAUUACCGAUCCAAUAUUUAAGGACCAGUGGCAUCUAUAUAAUCCCUUACAACCGGGCUUCGAUCUGAACGUGACAGGUGCUUGGUUGAAUAAUGUGACUGGCCAGGGUAUUGCUGUGGCUGUUGUCGACGAUGGGCUUGAUAUGGAUAGCAAGGACCUAAAGCCUAACUACUUCCCUGAAGGUUCAUGGGAUUUCAACGAAGGUUCCGCCGAACCCCGUCCUCUGUUGCGUGAUGAUAAGCACGGUACGCGCUGCUGUGGCGAGAUUGCUGCAGCGAAGAACGAUGUUUGUGGAGUUGGAGUCGCGUACGACAGCAAAAUUUCGGGAAUCCGCAUUCUUUCAAAACCAAUCGAUGACGUCGACGAAGCGAAGGCUAUCAACUACGAAUUCCAGAAGAAUGACAUUUACUCCUGCUCCUGGGGGCCGCCGGAUGAUGGCGCAACGAUGGAUGCUCCUGGCAUCCUGAUAAAGCGAGCCAUGGUCAACGGUGUGCAGGAAGGCAGAGGAGGAAAGGGCUCCAUCUUCGUAUUUGCCGCCGGCAAUGGUGCUGUGUACGGCGACAAUUGCAACUUCGAUGGGUAUACAAACAGUAUCUACAGCAUCACGGUGGGUGCGAUUGAUCGCCUGGAGAACCACCCGACCUAUUCGGAGUCCUGUUCGGCUCAGCUUGUCGUGGCUUACAGCAGUGGUUCUGGUGAUGCAAUCCACACAACUGACGUGGGCACGGACAAGUGUUUCUCAGCCCACGGCGGUACAUCCGCUGCAGGCCCCCUCGCUGCAGGGGCCGUGGCCCUUGCACUGAGCGUUCGGCCUGAGCUGACCUGGCGCGACGUCCAAUACCUGAUGGUUGAGACUGCUGUGCCAGUGAACGUGGAUGAUGGCAGCUGGCAAGAUCUUCCCUCUGGAAAGAAGUUCAGCCACGACUGGGGCUUCGGUAAAGUCGAUGCUUCUUCACUUGUGGAGAAGGCUCUUACUUGGGAGAUGGUGAAGCCCCAGGCGUGGUUCCAUUCGCCGUGGUUGCGUGUGCACCGCAGUAUCCCCCAGGGCGAUAAAGGAUUGCUCAGCCGUUACAAGAUGACCCAGGACCAGCUCAAGAAGGCAAACCUUGCCAAGUUGGAACAUGUGACUGUUACAAUGAACAUCAAUCAUGCUCGUCGAGGUGAUCUCAGUGUAGAUCUACGCAGCCCAUCUGGGAUUAUCAGCGAACUCAGUGUUGCCCGGAAGUCUGACAACGCAAAUAUUGGCUACGUAGACUGGACUUUCAUGUCUGUCGCUCACUGGGGCGAAUCGCCCGAGGGUGAGUGGGAAAUCAUUGUGAAAGAUACCCAGGUCAACGAGUUCAACGGCGACUUCAUUGACUGGAGGAUCAAUUUCUGGGGCGAAGCCAUCGACGCUGCCAAAACGCACCUUCACCCAUUACCCGACGAACAUGAUCAUGAUCAUCCGUACGAGGAUCCUCAUGACAUUGCCACUGUUAGCGUAGACCCUGGCCCAGUCAAGACCGGCGCGCCUGAGAACAUUGAUGACCACCAUGACCGUCCUAUCAACCAGAAGCCCACUAGCACGCCAAAGCCCACAGUGACGCAGCCCGGUGAUGCUAGCAAGCCUACAGACGAAAACCCCACUGAUGAUGAGCUGGAGGUGGUCAAUCCUUCUCCAUCUACCACAAUCAGCAACCCUCCAACUCCUAGCAGCAGUUCUGGCUCGGAUUAUCUGUCUUCUUACCUCCCCACGUUUGGUGCCUCCAAGCGCACUCAGAUUUGGAUAUAUGCCUCAUUUGCGAUGAUCAUCGUUUUCUUCAUCGGUUUGGGUGUUUACUUCCAACUCCAGCGAAUCAAGCGUCGUCGCACCAACCCCAAUGACGACUACGAAUUUGAGAUGAUCGAAGACGAAGAGGAGAUGCAACCGAUGACCGGAGGGACCGGCCGUACUCAGCGCCGCGGAGGCGAGCUUUACAAUGCAUUCGCUGGCGAAAGUGACGAGGAAAUAUUCAGUGAUGAUGGUCACGAUGUGUACCAUGACCGAUUGGCUGAUAUCUCGGAGAAAGACAACGAGGAUGAUCCAUCCCCUAACAGCGGUCUUUUGUCUGAAAAGCCAUAA